CGGGGUGGGGGGGGUCCGGCCUUUGGCUUCUCGACUCGGCCCGGUGUCCACGAGCGAACAUGUCGCGGCCCGUCAGAAAUAGGAAGGUCGUUGAUUAUUCACAGUUUCAGGAAUCUGAUGAUGCUGAUGAAGAUUAUGGAAGAGAUUCAGGCCCUCCAGCUAAGAAAAUUCGGUCAUCUCCCCGAGAAGCUAAAAAUAAGAGACGAUCUGGAAAGAAUUCACAGGAAGACAGCGAGGACUCUGAAGAAAAAGAUGUGAAGACCAAGAAGGAUGAUUCUCACUCAGCAGAGGACAGUGAAGAUGAUAAAGAAGAUCAUAAAAAUGUGCGCCAGCAACGACAGGCAGCCUCUAAAGCAGCUUCUAAACAAAGAGAGAUGCUCAUGGAGGAUGUGGGCAGUGAAGAAGAGCAGGAAGAGGAGGAUGAGGCACCAUUCCAGGAGAAAGAUUCCGGAAGUGAUGAAGAUUUCCUAAUGGAAGAUGAUGAUGAUAGUGACUAUGGCAGUUCUAAAAAGAAAAAUAAAAAGAUGGUUAAGAAGUCCAAACCUGAGAGAAAAGAAAAGAAAAUGCCCAAACCCAGGCUAAAGGCAACAGUGACACCCAGUCCAGUGAAAGGCAAAGGGAAAGUGGGUCGCCCCACAGUUUCCAAGGUAUCAAAGGAAAAGACUCCUUCUCCCAGAGAAGAAGAUGAGGAGCCAGAGAGCCCCCCAGAAAAGAAAGCAUCUGCAAGCCCACCACCUGAGAAGUCUGGGGAUGAAGGGUCUGAAGAUGAAGCCCAGUCUGGGGAGGAUUAAAAUGUUGAUGGUUUGGGGAGAGAUUUUAUUAAAAAAAAAAAGAAAAAAAAGAAAAAAUGGGGGAGGGAGAAAACUUAAGUAAGAUACAAAGUGGCUUUGGCAAUGGCUCUUUCAAUGUUUUUUCCUUUUGUUGAAAGUAACUUUUCUCUCUCUCUUUUCCCUUUUUAAGAAACCAUUGUAUAUUUAGUUUACCUUUCUAUCUGCUAGUUGUUCCUUUGCCACACUUCCUCUUCCCUCUUUUCCCAAUGAAAGCCAUGUCAUGAAUCACUGGAUUGACUGCUUCAUCUUUUUAUUUUAAUGGGGGAUGUACCACAGUCGUACUGCAAUGAGAUCGAGGUGAACACUAUGGAAAUUUUGCUUUUCACUAAAUGGUAGGAAGUUGGAACCAUAAUCAAAUAUAUAAAAAGUUUUU